ACCUCUGCGCUGCCUUCUCUCCCAAUCUUACUUGAACUCGAAGAAGAAAGCCUUGUAAAUUUAGACAUCACCAGGAAACAUCUGAAAUUUAUUAAACAUAUGAAAUUUCAAACUAUCAGUUUCUAUUCUGCAGAAGUGACGAUUCCUGUGCCUUUGGGUUCCUCCCUGUGGAGGAUGAAAAUCCAGAUGCCACUUCCUUCUUCAUUUACAUAGGACAGCUCUCAAGUAGCUGCUGCCACUCAGGAACUAGUCAUCCUCUGUCUACGCGGGUGACUGUGGCACUCCAGAGGAAACAAAACGCAGACACACACUUGGCAGAAGUCAUCCUCGCCACACACGCUCGGGAGGAAGGAGUCCAGACAGAGCAAGAUGAGCUCCGAGACAGGUCCUGCAGUUGUUGACCCCACUCUGAGAAGAAGAAUCGAACCCCAGGAGUUUGAAGUCUUCUUCGACCCCAGGGAGCUUCGGAAAGAGACCUGUCUGCUCUAUGAGAUCAGCUGGGGCAGAAGGCACAGCAUCUGGAGACACACGAGCCGAAAUACCAACAAACACGUUGAAAUCAAUUUCAUAGAAAACCUCACCUCAGAAAGAUCCUUUCAUCCAUCCGCCCGGUGCUCCAUCACCUGGUUCCUGUCCUGGAGUCCCUGUGGGGAGUGCUCCAAGGCCAUCACAGAAUUUUUGAGUCAGUACCCCAAUGUGACUCUGUUUAUUUAUGUAGCACGUCUUUAUUACCACAUGGAUCCGGGGAACCGGCAAGGACUCAGGAACCUCGUUUGCAGAGGUGUGACUGUCCAGAUCAUGACCGAGCAAGAGUAUUGUUACUGCUGGAAGAAUUUUGUCAACUACCCACCUUCAAAUGAAGUUUACUGGCCAAGGUUCCCAAAUGUGUGGACGAGGCUGUAUAUACUGGAACUCCUCUGCAUCAUUCUAGGACUUCCGCCCUGUCUGAGGAUUCUGAGAAGAAACCAACGCCAGGCUACCCUUUUUACACUUGUUUUUCAAAGAUGCCAUUACCAAAGGAUCCCACCCCCCAUCAUUUGGGAUACAAGGAUGUGACCUGGGAGUUGGAGAUGAAUAAAAUGACUGCUUGUAUGUGUACUGUUUGGAUGGCAAGCACUGAUGAUGCAAUAAAAGUGGCUGCCAUGGAGAAUCAGGAA